UCCAACCGCAUCGCCGUCGGGCGUCGGACCCAUCCAGUGACGGACCAUGUGAUCCGGUGAGUCGUAGGAAUCCUCGUAUGCACUGAUGCAGGGGCAGCCAGGCUCGACUCCGCAUGGGAAUCUAUACCCAUUGGCCUGCUGCCGCGGAGCCCGGCGCUCCCCAGGCCGCCGUCGAGCAAAGAUGGGGUACGUCUCGCUGCAGCAUGGAUGGCUGACUGUGCCCAAACAAGGGCGAGGGGUUUCCUCCGUAGAGGGCUGGCUGAUUGACCGUAUUCUUGCUGCCUUAGAGGUGUUUCUUCUCCUCGUAUACUCUGUAAAUCCACUCGGAUUCUUGUUCAUUCUUGUUCGAUUGGCUUCCACGCCGCAACUGCUGACUCAGCAGAGCUAGAACCAGGUGGUUGCCACCGCCUGCCUCCUUGGAAUAUACUGCCGUUCUUGCCAUUCUCUCGUCCGAAUGCAACCGCAUCACUCUUCUCCAGCUGGAUUUUUUCCACCUGCUAAACGCUGAACGGUGCCAAACCUCGUUUCAGACAAUCGGGCAUCGUUUAGGU